AUGCCAAUCAUUGAUUAUGAUUUGGCUCUACUGAUCCAGCCCGUGCUUAUGCUAGGAAUUAGUAUCGGUGUGACUUUUAAUGUCAUCUUCGCCGACUGGAUGGUUACUGUCCUGCUUAUUGCUCUGUUUAUAGGUAAUAAAUCUUCUCAGAGGCAAUAG